UUACUUAUAAUUUUAAGGUUAUAAGCCAAAUGAAAUAAAAAAAUAUUUAUUUAGUGGAAAUACCUUCAUAAAAAGUAUGGCUAAAGAACUGAAUAAAACUGAACUGAUUGAUGAACUUAAUGAUAUAAAAGAAUGUAUAGAAGCCAUUUUAGACUCAUGGAAUAAAAAAUUUUCAAUAAAACUAUUAGAAGAUGAAUUCAACAGAAUUACGCUUAAGCCACUGGACUUCAACGUGUUUGAUGUUGAAAAUUUUUCACAACUUGUAAAUGGAUUUGAAUCAAGCUUCAUUUCUAACAAUACUGAACAAACUAAAAAUCAUUCUCUGAAGUUCCAUAAAGAAGAACAAAUCUUUUUCAAGGGUAACAGCUUCAAUAAGAAAAUGGUUAAAGCUCAGAAGAUAACAAAUAAUUCAAGAUUCAAUGAGAGUUUCUCGGUUAAUCCAUUUUUCAAAAGUAAAGAAAAUAAGAAUGAGAAUUCACAGGAGCAUUCAUAUGGAACAGUUUUGAAUUCAUUGUUUAAUGAAUCGAUUGAUAAACUGAGAAAAUCAGUUUCAAGUGAGAUGCUUUUAAACUCCAUAUCAACAGAAGACGCUUCAUCAACUACGAAUUUUGAUGAUUUUAUUGCUGGCCAUUUUAUUUCAUCUACUCCUAUUCCAUUUGAAGUUGAAAAGAACCAUUUACUAACUAAAGAAAUUGACAAACAAAAUUUUAAUCAUCAUGAAUACAACAACACGAGCUUUGAUGUUUUUCUGAAAGAUAAAAAACAUUUAAAUGAUGAAAAAAUCGUGUUUUCUUCGACAAAUCCAUUUGCUCCCAGUAAUAUGCUAUCCUAUGAUGAUGGUUCAAUUAAGGAAACUUCUGCUACUAGUGAGUGUAAACUUUUUGGAUUAUUGCAAAAUAAAGAGGAUAAUGAGUUGAUUCACAGUGACGGACAUGAAACGAAAUUUGAGUCUUGUGAAAUGUCAUCAAAAGAAAUUGACGACUCAUCAAAUAAUUCACAAACUUAUAUAACGCAGAUAGCAAAAAUCUUGAACACUCUUUCCAUUGACAGUAAAUUCUUUUUAGUAAAUUAUCCGGAUGUUAACAGCGAUCCCAAUCUGAAAAUCAACGUAAGGGAUAUCAAAGGAACCGAAAUAAAAAUUUAUAUUUGUGAAGUUUAUUCACUAAUUCAGUUUUGGUUUCAUCACGGUGAAGAAGUUAUUGAUCUCAUGGAAAGAAUGAACGAAGAUUAUUAUGGACGUCGAUUAGAUGAACGAACGCUUGCAAUUAGUGACGCAAAUAUCACACCGGGAUUGAUUGUUGCUUGUGAAAUUAUUUCAUAUGGUGGUUGGCAUCGGGCAAAAGUAAUAAACAAUGUAGAUGAAAACGGAUUUGUUCGCAUAUUUUGUUUAGAUUAUGGAACAGUCUUGACCGUACCUAAGAAAGAUAUAAAAUUUCUUUUCCUAAUCUAUAUGGAUUACCCGCAGUAUUGCUAUCGAGGACGAAUUACAAAUAUAAAACCAUUAGAUGGGAAUGAAAUAUUUGAAAAGAAUCAUGUUAAAAACUUUACAAAAAAGUUUACAAACAAAUUGCUAGAUGCGAAGGUGCUAAAUUUUGACAUAUUAAAAAAUGUAUACGAACUUGAUCUUAGUCUUUGUGAUGCCUCAGGAAAAAACGAAAACCUAAGAAAUUGGAUAGUUAAAAGUGGGUUUGGUAUUUAUUUUAAUUCGUCAGACAAAAAGGACCAAGUCGAAUAUGAGCCGCCAAGUUUUUCUAUGCUUGAAAGCAAUCAUCCGGCUUUAGAAGAACAAUUGGAUAUUCAAAAAUAAUUUUCUACAUUUUUCUACAUUUUGGUUUUAUUCGAUGGAAAUCGAAAUUUAAUCAAUUUACAUAAUGAAAGAGACAGAAAAUGUCUCAUAAAAAUAAAACGUUUAUAAAUUUUAAAAUUUAAAGCCUCUAGUAUUAAAAUAUAGAUGGCUCUACUGAUUGAAUACUUAUGUUUAAAAAUGUUUAUUUUCAAAAAUCUUUCUGAAAUAUGUAAUUAAUUAUAAAUGAAUUAAUUGAAAACGCUGAUAAUGAAAUCCUUGAAUUUAAAUCAAAACUUUCUUAUGAAAACAUUUAUAAAGACAAUUUCUAGUUAGAUAAACCUUUUUGUGACUGA